AUGGAGAAUAUUAAGGAGGAAAUUUGCCUGGUGGCAAAUAUAAUUGAUCGGCUACUCGCAGCAAAUGGAAGCUUGCGCGCGGAUGAGCUGGCUCCGCUUAUAAAGCGCCUGCGCGUGGCAGCAGGGGAGUUGUCUCAUAUUGAUCAGCAAUCACAAUCCGGCCCAGUUCUGUCUCCUUUUUCACGGAACGGUGACGGCAUCGAGGGCAAUGGAGGCGGGAGUAGACAAGGCCUCUCCAAGUUGCAGCUGUCAAAGUCUCUCACAUCUUUGGCGGCGACGCGGAAGCAGAUACGAGAGUGUCGCACUGCCUCUGCUACAUCUAAGAAAACAGGAGAUUCAAAGGUGUUCGUAUCUUCGGAGAUCUCGCAGUCGGUAUGCUGCGCGCUUUACAACCUACUGGAGGGAACCACGCGUCUGCUUCGUGCUUCCCACGGCCAUAUUUUUGUGAAGCGGGGUGGUGAUAUGUUUUCGAUAGCAAACGUGUCUAGAAAGUUGGGGUUUCCACCUCUACAGGUUCAUCAUAGAUGCCUUGGCAGCGCAGAUGCUGAGGUUCUCGGCAGCUCCAUUGCGUUGAACCGCAACGUCGACGAAGUUGGGAGAAAGAGCGCCGUUCUGAUAUUUCCAGUUCACACGCUCCUCUCUGAAGGCGGACAUGGCGAGCCUAUCGCAACAAUUCACGUGGAGCGAAGAGAGCAUGCUUUUUUUCCGUUUAGUGAAAGUGAUGAAUAUACACUUCACUUUGCUUCGCUCUUCUGCGGUGAGCUGAUGUCCCGUAUUCCGCAGAUCAACUUCCUUGAGACAUUUUACGACCCGUCAACGCAACUCAUUGUUGCGCCGUUUGAGCCGUACUGCCCUGUAGUAUUGCCGCCCAUAGAGCGUGGCAUCGUGCCGAUGCUUGGGGGUGCAGGAAAGCAGUCAUCCGAGGACCCGGAGUAUGCGGCACGAGCGGUUUCUCAGCUGACGCGGAGGAUCAGCGCGCGUGCUCCAGAGAUUCUAGUUCGCCGCGAGAGUCGUCCAUCAAACAAUACGAAACCGUUUGCUCCUGGUGUGGCACAUAUGCCGUCGCUGCUGGAAAUCAAAGCUUACGUUGAAAAUCUGCAAUCGUGCUGGAAGAAAAACAUGCUGGACAAUGUUGACCUGCUAGAGCUGGACCGUGGGACUCAGCAGGACUUGAAAGUAGCAAGAAGCGAACUGGCUGCCACACGCCGUGAGCUUGCUGCCACAGCCGAUAAGCUGCGUCUGUAUGAACUUGGUGCAUGGGACUACAAGCGUGAAUAUGGCGCCAUAAAGUCGGAACUAGACGCUUACAUGGAUAGCCUCGAGCGUCUGCACUGA